ACAAUUCGACGCGUCACAGUUGACCGAGAGUACGGAUGAUUCCUGAGAAAAUGAAGUAUUUUACGAUGCAGGAGGGGUGAGUGACGCAUAUUGUACCCCUCCCCAGGAUGGACAGUUACUUUAAGGCAGCAGUGUGUGACUUGGACAAGCUUUUGGAUGACUUUGAACUGAGUUCAGAGGACCUUGACUACAGACCUGCUGUACAGACUUGUCCUGCUGGCUCAGAACCUUUUCAUCACUCUGGGAACUGUUUACAGCCUCAGUGCUUCACCGCAGAGUCACCCCCAGGUCCUGAUCUCAAAGCCCUCCACUGUUUCCCUAGUGCACCAAGCAACAGCCAAAACCAAAGAGAGCAUGGCUUGAACCAGACGCCUUUAACCGGCGUCGACCUCCUGUCCUCUGUCGAUGGGAGAGCCUCCGAAAGCCUCACGCCCCCGUGUCCUGACAGGGCUUUGAAGCCGGUGUGUGACCUGGUGAACGACACUGGGUCUGCCAUUCUACAAUGUGCAAACAGCCACGAUGCCUUCAAAGAGCUGGAGGAUGCUGAGAAACGCCUGGAUGAAGAGCUGUUGGUGGACUUUGAUAGUCCUGUUGUUGUACAGGAUAACGUGUUCCAAACAACACGUGACGACCAUCUCAGUGGAGCGGGGUCUCUUAGCUUGCUGGAUGUCAUAUUGCCUGCUGCAGUGGUCAGCGACCCUCAGGACUUUUCACAAUGUAGCUCAAAACCAAUGGACGAACAUGACGCGGAGGAGCUCCAAAGUAACAGUUGUAUGGAGGGUUCAGCUAGCCCUACGGAUGAGGCCACAGUUGUGUGUUCUGUGGAUGGUGCAAGAUCCGUUAGCCCCAGUUCAGACGGAAGUAAAGAAUAUCGGACUGAAGAAAUCGCCUCUAGCAGCGAUGUUGGUGCUAUUUCGAGUACACCUGACCUGAAAGAAGUACAAGACUCUAGUGAAAACUUGUGUGCAGAGGAACCAGAGUGUUUAUCUGCGAGUCCAUCCGCAGAAAAGGCCCCGUCCUUGUCCUGCAUCCCAAUGGCUGUGUCCAUGUGCGGAUCCCUCGUGACGUCUUCAGACACUCAGGAAACGGUAAUCCAUGAAAAUACAGGUAAAACGGAAGCCUCUUGUGCUGAAUCUAAGGAAAAACCAUCCAAUCAGGAGCCUUCAGAGAGUUUGUCGUCCGGUGAAGUCGCGUGCCCUGACACACUAGUCAGACAGGAUUCCUCACGUGAGGAUGACUCUGAAGCUUUGCAAUUGCCAGUAAAACCAGAGGAGCAGUCACACGACUUGUCUGAUUCAUCUGAUCGUAUUUUGAAAGACUCAUUGCCUCCAGCUGAGGAAACUGUUUAUAGUAGCUUUGCAGAGGAUAGUCAUUCCCCAGCUUUUGACGGAAUCUCUGAUUACUCUGAGUUUAAGUACGAGAGCGAAUAUCUCUCAACAGGUGAAGAUGUGGCAAUGGUUACUGAUGAAGAACUGGAUGCCUAUUUGAGCCAGGUUGGGGCAUUCCAUUCUGAGGUGCCAUCAGAGAAAGUGGUUGGUGAUAAUUUUUCAGAGCUAAAUGGAGAUUUAGAAAGUGAAGGCAUCUUGGAUGGGCUCCGUAACAACAAAGUGAAAGAUAACUCUUUGUCAGAGGACGACCACUCAUUCGGGUUUGCGGAGGAGAACGAACAUGGAGACGCACCCUUCUCAUCUCAGGACGUUGCCCCGUCAACAACAGAAGAUGCGCAGACGGACAUCUCAAACCCUGAAGAAAGUCAGUCAACCUGCAAUGCGAAUCAGCAGCUGUAUUUUGGAGGGGCAAGGCCUAAGCAAACGUCCAAUCAAACUGCAAGAUCACCACCAGCAGUGGAGUGCCAAAGAGGAAGUGCGAUAGAGGAGGGAAUGUCUAGUCCAGUAGAUAAUUUGGAAAACGACACUCAGAACUCUCUCACUUCCCCAACAGUGGGACAAACGGGUGAUUUUGAGAGAUCUGGUUCUGGUUUUCCCCCUCAGUAUGAAUGUGAAUAUAGACAAAUGCCUGAUGAACUUUCCGAACCACCUCCUUAUCCUGGAGAAAAACCGAGAGAAGGUUCUGAUGAACUUUCCGGAAUGGAGGGAAGCACUCUUGGUUCCAGGCAGCCAGCGUGGGUCCCUGAUUCUGAAGCCCCUAACUGCAUGAAGUGUGGGCAGAAGUUCACAUUUACAAAGAGGAGGCACCACUGUCGAGCCUGUGGAAAAGUGUACUGUGCCACCUGUUGUAACAGGAAAUGCAGACUAAAAUAUCUUGAACGAGAGGCCAGAGUGUGCGUUGUCUGUCACGACACUAUACAGAAAGCUCAAGCCCAUGAGAGGAUGAUGAGCCCGACGGGGCCCAGUCCAAACCCGAACAUCCCGUCAGAGUACUGCUCCACCAUCCCUCCCAUGCAACAGGCCCGUGCCUCUGGCACCCUCAACUCACCUCCGCCCACUGUCAUGGUUCCCGUGUCUGUGCUCAAACACCCCGGCAACGACGGUUUUCCUCGAGAGCAGAAACACGUGUGGUUUGCGGACGGCAUUUUGCCCAACGGGGAGGUGGCAGACACCACCAAACUGUCCAUGAGGGGCAGGAGAUCCUCUCAGGAAUCCAGCCCCGUCACACCCGAUCCCCCAGUGGGUGGCGACAAAGACCAUGUCGGUUUCGAGGACUCGGUGGGUGAGGCCUUGACCAACCCCGAGAGCCCGGCGGAGGCCGGCCGACCCCCCGUCAGCGGGCCGUGGGACUACGCCCUGCUGUGCGGGGUGGCCGGCUGCGUGCAGGGUGGGGCGAAUCUUGUGCCCGAGGAUGAUGAGGGUUUGCCUCCGCUUCUCAUUAUCACGGGAGAGGAUGAUGGAGGAGAUUUAUUACUGGAGGAGCGUCCUGCUGCCUGCCAGAUUCUCCUGCUUCUUGAGGAGGGAGGUCCACGGCCUUUGACCUUUGUCCUCAACGCCAACCUGUUGGUCAACGUCAAGCUCGUCAAUUAUAAUGGAAAGAAAUGCUGGUGCUUCAGCUCCGUUGGCCUUCAGGGCGUGGGCCAAAGGGAACUGGUCUUUGUCAUAGAGUGUCUUCCCGAGGAGAACAGUUUGCCCAGAGACAUGUUUGAUCUCUAUGUCACCAUCUAUCAGGACGCACAGAGAGGAAAAUUCAUCGAGGACCUCGGCAACCUGACAUUUACUGACAGUUUUCUGGGCAGUAAAGACCAUGCAGGGUUCCUCUUUUUCUCACCCACCUUUCAGCCCUUAGAGGGCCUGUCUUUGCCCCCGGGGGCCUUUUUAUAUGGGGUUCUCAUUCAGAAGCUGGAGGUGCCUUGGGCCAAAGUGUUUCCCCUGCGUCUGCUUCUCAGGCUGGGAACAGAAUACAACAUGUAUCCAAGCGCGCUGGUGAGCGUCCGCUACCGAGAGGCUGUGUACAAAGAGACGGGACACACCAUCAUGAACCUGUUAGCAGACCUGAGAAAUUACCAGUACACUUUGCCUGUGGUAGAAGGUCUACGAAUUCACAUGGAAGUGGGCAACAGCUACAUCGACAUUCCGAAAUCCAAGUUCAGUGAGAUGCUGAAAGUGGUGAAUGCCUCAAACGAGCAUGUGAUAAGUGUUGGAGCUUGUUUCAGCACCCAGGCAGACUCUCACUUAGUCUGCUUUCAGAACAAGGAAGGGAACUACCAGACGCAAGCCAACAGCGUCCAGGGAAAGACCAGGAAAGUUACCGGGGCCAGUUUUGUGGUUUUUAAUGGAGCCCUCAAAGCCUCGUCGGGGUUUAUUGCCAAAUCCAGCAUUGUUGAAGAUGGCCUCAUGGUUCAGAUCCCGCCGGACACGAUGGAAUCCCUGCGACAGGCUCUGCGUGAUCAGGCCGACUUCCAGAUUCCCUGCGGGAAGGCCGACUCCAGCGAGGCCCGGGAAAACGUCACCGUGCGCUGGGUCGACUGGACAGUUCCAGUAAACGCUGGCAUGACUAGCCCCAUAGAUGGAAAGUCUCUGGAGGGGGUGUCCAGUGUCAAAGUCCAGCAGGAGUCUGAGUUUGAGUGUGACGGAAGGACCAUCAGGUGCACUGAGGUGUUUUACCUCUUGAAAAGUCCAGACUGCUCCCUGCCUGCCAUCCUGCCCUCCUGUAGUCAGUUCCAGAGGGAAAUAGGCACAGCAGGAUGUGCAGCACUCUGCCCUCACCUCUCCGUCUUAACCAGGAGUGGAAUCAACUCCCUCGGCCUACGGGUGUCCACGGACACUGACAUGGUGGAGUACCAGGCAGGUUGUGGAGGAAAGCUCCUCCCACAGAAGUACAUGAACGAGCUGGACGGAGCUCUCAUCCCAGUCAUUCACGGAGGGAGCUCCGCCGUCCCCCACCAAGCCAUGGACAUGGAGUUCAUCUUCUACAUCACCCAGAUCAUGUGAGAUUUGAUCUGCUCACCUUUAGCCUCGCUCACGCGUCAACCUACACAGGGACAGUCCGCCCUGGCCCUCAGAGUGAGUGACGGACUGCUGAAGAGACACAAGGCCUGUGUCACAGGGCUGCGUCCCCUUAACGUGACAUCUCUCGACAGAGAGAGAGAGAGAGAGCGAGAGAGAGACGUUAGCUGCGCGAGAUGCACGUGAUGGGAGUGUGAAAUGCAGCCCAUGCCGUUUGGCUCUAGUACACACCAGAGUCUUGUGUUGAAGGCUCUCGAAAGUCAUUCGGAACCUUUCUGGCCGAUGUAGAGAACAUUUACGGAAAAAAACAAAGCCCCAUAAAUGUUGUAUGGACUUGUUACUUCACCUUUGGAUGUAUUUGCUGCAUCUGUUAAUUUAAAUGCAGCGUACUGAAUGUUAGCGAA